AUGACGUUGUCGAAUUCGGUUUAUCUUCAAAUGAUGCAAUCGGUGAAGGAGAAAACAAUCAAGCGGGAGUUUGAAGUGAAAGAGGAGGACGUCGUCAAUGACGAUGCAUUUAUCGGUGGCACUUACCACCUGGGUGGAAACGGUUUGAAAGAGAAGGUGUUGAAGGGUAUUUCAGAUGAAGAAGUCUACAAAUUGCAAUUCGAUUGCAUAGAUGAGGCUGGAACAUUUUACAACAUGUUAGCAAAAGUAGCCGGAUUUAGUAUUCGAAAAGAUGAUUUGAAGCGAGACAAGAAUGGAGAUAUAAUAUCUCGAAAGUGGGUGUGUUCUAGAGAAGGACAGCGAGCGACAAAGUUUAUUGAAAAUGACAAGCGACAGCGUGAGCCACGAUCAUUGAGUAGAGUUGGAUGUGAAGCUGCAUUUCGUGUAGGCUUGAAUAGGAAAGAUGGAAAGUGGAUUGUGUUAAAACACACAAAUUAUGGACUAUAUGGUCAAACAAUCAGGGGACAUGAGCACGUCGGUUUCACACAAAAAGAUAUAUACAAUCAUGUUGAUGCAAUGCGUAGAAGUGAAAUUAAAGACGGUGAUGCAGAAGCGGCAUUGGCUUAUUUGUGUGGAAAGGCAGAAAUGGAUUCUUCAUUUUUUUAUAAAUUCAACAUUGAUGAAGAAAGUCGACUAGCAAAUUUGUUUUGGGCUGAUUCAACUGCUCGAAUGGAUUAUGCGUGUUUUGGAGAUGUCCUAGCAUUUGACACAACCUAUAGGACAAAUGCCUAUAAAAAGCCUCUAGUAGUGUUGGUCGGUGUUAAUCAUCACCACCAAACUGUUGUAUUUGGUUGUGCGUUAUUGAUAGAUGAAAGUGUUGGGACAUAUGAAUGGGUGUUGGAGACAUUUCUUGAGGCAAUGAUGAAUAAGAAACCCAUAUCUGUUGUAACCGAUGGGGAUAAAGCUAUGCGUAAGGAUUUCUCAAGCAUAUUUGCAAGGUGCAUGUUCAUGCGUGGGAAUGAAGCAGAAUUUGAAAAGGUUUGGCAUGAAAUGGUUGCAAAUUUGGGACUUAAUGAGAAUGUUGGGUGA